CGUUCAGGUUUCAGCCAUGCACUGCUUGAACCAAACCUUCAGGUUUCAGCAGCGCGCCGCUUGAACAAAACCUUCAGGCUUAGUCGCAACUCAAGCAGAUCAACCAGAAUUAAUCAUUUCGAAUGGAUAAAUAUAAAUAAGUAAAUAUAAAUAAAGCAGAUACUGGCUCAAAUGUCACCUCGAUUGCUGAAGGCAGGAGACAAUAAGGUGGCCUUUUGUGGCCUGACCUUCCCCUUCCCAUCCCAUUUCCUUUUGAGGACAACAACAAUUCCUGGCUGAAGAACUUAAUCCUUGGAUGAACAUCGAAGAUCUUUCAAAGAUUUCGGAUUGGAACUCCAAGUGUUCGUUUUCUCAAAUGUCACAAAAAUUCUCCCAGAUCCUCACAUUCUCGGCUCCCAUUUAACCCCCAAAAACAUUAACUUUUAGGCUUUUAAAAAUUGAGCUAAAUUUUGUAGUCUUGUAAAAGAGAGGAAAGGAUAAUGUCACGCCUCACCAAAUUGAACGAUAUGGAACAUUUGAUGCUGAACCACUGGCUGGAUACGCACGACAUCAAACUCGAUCAUCACACACGAAAUCAGUUUCGCGAUGCCCUGGCCAUUGCCAGAGUCUUCGAGAAGAUCCAUCCAGAAGUCGUUGAUUUGCACAGCUACAUACCCCGCACCAGUGUGGCCAUGAUGAUUGAGAACUGGAAGAUAUUCAAUAUACGGGUCCUGACCAAACUCAAUAUUUGUAUCUCACAAACGGAUAUGGAGAGGCUGGCCGUGGGCGCAGAGGGUGCCAUCGAAUCGCUUCUAUAUGAUCUAAUGGUCGCCGACUACAGCCUGAUGAUGCGUUUCGAUUCGGAUAAAUCUUUUAAUCAUUUCGAUAAUGUCGACUAAGUGAUUUGCCAACUAUUAAUAUUUACUAUUUGAAACUAUUAUAUUUACAAACUAUAAAUUAAUUAAUGAAUGUGUAAAAGAUGAAUAGCUCA